AUGAGCGAUGCCGGGUACAACGAACCGCUCUCGCCGUCGCACGCGCACGCGGCGUCGUCGAAGCUCCAGGACGUCGGGCGGACCGUCUCCGCGGAGGCGGCGACGCACCUGAGGCGUCUGAAAGAGAGCGAGCGCACCAAGGAGGCUAUCGACACCGCGACGGCGUGGGCGUCGAACGCGCUGGAAGACCCGUCCAACUUGCGCGACGCCGCGUCGAAGAUGUGGCAGGAGCACGAGAAGGUCACGGAGUGGAAGGAGAAGGGGAAAGGAUGGGUCGACAGCACGCUGCAGGACGAGGAGAAGAUGGAACGGGCUCGAAACGUCAGCGGACGGAUCCUCUCCGUCGCGGAGAAGCUCGCGGCGAAGGGCGCGGCGAACAACGGAUCGAAAGUCGCGGGCGCGUUCGCCGCGGGGCUCGGCGACUUGCAAGGCCUCGUCGCGACGGAGAAGGACAACGACAAGCUCUUGGAGAACGGCCGCGACAUCGCGCGCGGGUUGUGGGAGCAGCUCAGGGAUCAAGCCGGGGAGAACGACUCCUUGGGGGGGAUCCGAGGCACGGUCGAUCGCAUCGUGACGCGUCUGAGGGAGAUGGUCAAAGGGAUGCAAGACGCGAAAAUCGCCGCCGAGGCGAAGAAAGAAGAGACGAACGCCGCGUUGGACGACUACGAGAACCAGCUGUACGAACGCGCGAUCGCCGCGGGCGUGGACGAAUCGAGCGCGAAAGCGGCCGCGCAGGCGGCGCGAGAGAUGUCCGGGCACGUCACGUUCACGACGACGCCGGAGGGGAAGCUCAAGAAGGUGGACGAGGGCGACGACGACGGUCUCUUGCCGUCGCCGGUGGCGAAACUUCUCAAGGAAUCGCAAGGGAUGUGGAGCGAAGUCCGCGCGGACGAGAGCAUCAACGCGCUGCUCAAAGAAGAGAUCGCCCCCGGGUUCGAGAACUUGAUCCGCAGCGCGGUCGAGGUCGUGUGCGAGAUGAUGUCCACUCUCGAACUCCCGCGCGUGGACGGCGUGUACGACUCGCCGCUCGGAAGCGUGUGCUACCACGUCGACAACUUGCAGUUUUCGGAGUUCGCGGUCGCGGAGGACGGGUUGAAAGUCGAGAGCGCGACCGGGGCGAAUGAAACGCAGACGGGGUUCGGAUCCACGGUGUCCAUCGACGGAAUACGAACCGUCAUGAAGGACAUCAAGUUCGCGUACUGCGAGUUCCCGAAAGGGUGGGGGAUGGUGGACGGCGAAGGGCUGUGCACGGUAAAAGUCGACGGCGCGCGCGUGGCGAUCUCGUACGACAUCGUCGUGAACACGGAGCAGCUCAUGAAGUUGGUGAACCAAGGCGUGGAGCUGUCGAAGGACGAAAGUAAGCUCACGAGCGUGAAGGAGAAGGUUCAGGCGAAGUGGGCGGCGAGGCAAGCCGCGACGGCGCCGCCGCCGGCGGCGCCCGCGGCGUCCGAGCCGCAGAAGAGCCCGAAGGGCGCGAAGAAGAAACACUCCUCGGGGGCGAAGGACCACGCGGCGGCGGACGCGGCGCUGGACAAGGCGUUCAGCUUCGGAGGAAUCUUCGGCGCCGGCGGCGAUGACGGGAGCGAGACGGACAGCUCGAUCGAUCACGACGACUUCAAGUCCCCGACGGGCGCCGGGUUGUUCAGCUCGAUGUUUAGCGUCGGCGAGAGCGACGAGGACGAGGAGGAGUACGACGAAGCGCACGCGAACGUGGACGCCGCGGCGAACGAGGACGACAUCCCCGCGGAGCAAAAGGAGAAGCUCGAGCAGCACAGAGCGCUGCUUCGAGAGCUCUUGGGCGACGAGUUCGUGCUCGAGGAGCCAAUCUUAGAGCUCAGAGUGCACGGCGUGGAGAUCGCCGUCGGGCAGCUCGACGUCGAGAUCGGCGGCACCUCCGCGGCUUGGCUGUACAACAUGAUCGCGCUCGUGCUCACGCAGCAGCUGCGAGGGACGAUCGAGGAUAGAAUCAACGGGCUCACGGUGAGGCAGCUCGCGCGGUUGUCCGGCACCGUGGAGGCGUACAGCGCUGGGUUAGUCAAAGUCUGCGUCGUGACGGACGAUCACGAGGAAGAGGAGGAGGAGCAGAGCAUGUUAGGGAGCUGGGUCUCGGGCGGGGGGUUAGGGAAGCUGCGCAAGGAUUGCGGCGAGUGGGGGGUCGGGUGGCGGUGCGAGCACUGGAAGGAAGGACGGAUCAUUCGACGGACGCCGUCGUCCGUCGCGGAGAUUGUCAACGAGCACGGCGAGAAGGUGAUCAUGGUCGCGGGGAAAGAGAUGGGCGAUUUGACGCUGGACGCGAGAGAGUAG